UCUCCAUACUCACCUCCACUACGUCAGACUACUCAUGGGAUCUCAUCUACAGGUUCUCGCACGACUCCAACGCAAGCUGGAUCCAGCACACCUCACACACCUGACUUCAACUGACUUGGAAGCAUCUCGAAUUUUCUGGAUAAAGGCAACUCAAAAAGUCUACUUUCCACAUGAACUCAAGGCUCUUCAAUCACACACUCCACUUCUCUCUUCACAUGUAUUCAGUAGACUUACUGCAUUCCUCGACAACAAUGGUGUAAUUCGUGUAGGCGGACGAAUUUCCCAUUCUCAACUCGACCCAGAUAGCAAGCAUCCAAUUAUUCUUCCUCGACACUCUCAAUUUACUUCUUUGGUUAUAGAUGAAACUCACCGAAAAACUCUACAUGGAGGCACUCAACUCACUCUAGCCACGAUACGUCAAAGGUAUUGGAUCAUUGGAGGAAGAGCCCCAGUUAAAUCCCAUAUACUGAAAUGUGUUCUGUGUGCAAGGCACCGUGGUAUUCGCGCUCAACAACUCAUGGGACAGCUACCAGCAUCUCGAGUGCAGCCAUCUCGUCCAUUCCUCCACACCGGUGUAGAUUACGCUGGUCCACUCACUCUCAAGACAUGGAAAGGAAGGGGUUCCAAAACACACAAAGGCUGGGUUUGUGUCUUCGUCUGCUUUGCCUCCUCAGCAGUUCAUCUCGAAGUUGUAAGCGAUUAUUCAACUGAUUCCUUUCUCGCUGCCUUUCGCAGGUUCACAGCAAGACGAGGAAUAUGUCACACUCUAUACUCGGACUGUGGAACCACCUUCAUUGGCGCAGACACCGCUCUCAAGGAACUUUUCACCAAGGCUUCCAGUCAAAAUCAGACCCUCUCCAAUCUACUCCUCAAUGAAGGCACUACAUGGUGUUUCAACCCCCCAGCAGCUCCUCAUAUGGGUGGAAAAUGGGAGGCUGUCGUCAAGUCAUUCAAGCACCACUUCAUUCGAACUGUCAAGGAUGUAUCCUUCACAUUAGAAGAAAUAAUGACUCUAACUUCUCAAAUCGAAGCUAUUCUCAACUCAAGACCGCUCGAACCGCUCAGUGACGACCCUGACGAUUGCGUAGCUCUCACACCUGGACAUCUCCUCAUAGGCGCUCCAUUAACAGCUGUUCCAGAACCAUCUCUUGAACAUCUCUCCACCUCUCGACUCUCAAGAUGGCAAUUUGUUCAACAACGAACUCAACAGUUUUGGACACAAUGGUCAUCACAAUAUUUGCAACGCCAGCUAUCCAUCUCAAAAUGGCACCAUCCUCGCAAUGACGUAAAGGUUGGUUCUUUAGUUCUAAUUACAGAUGAACGUACACCUCCCUGCAAGUGGCCUUUGGCAAGAGUUCUCGAUAUGCACCCUGGGCAUGACGGACUGACACGAGUAGUCACCUUAAAGACUCCCACUACAACUCUACGUCGACCCGUUGCAAAGUUAUGCAUAUUACCAAUCCUGGUGGACUCUGAGGAUUGAAAGCAGUCUUUUCGCUCCAGUUAUGGGUGGAUUGAGUAGCUCAGACACUGGAGUGAUGGAUUGCCUCAACUUCCUCACAAUGGAUAAUUUACGAAGACCUACUCGAUUAUAAUCAACUACGUUAAUUAUGGCGGCCGGAAUGUUAAAAAUUGGAGGAAUUUUUAACCCAUCUCUAUCUCUUGGUGCACAGCUCUAUCAACUCAGUGACUGCGUUUAUCGUUACAUGCUUCUGUGAACGUAACCUUAAAAUCGCUGUCAAUCAGCUGUUCAAAAAAAAACCGGUGGAACCUGUUGAAUCUGCUCAAUUUAAUUCAUUCCAUUCUAGAUUCUUCGAUCGCUCAAGUGAUUUGUUAACUUGGUGUAAUCGAUAUCGUGGUUUUAGUGCUCUCUCAUUCUAAAUUCAUUCAACUCAAAUCAUAUUAAUAUUAAUUCAUAAUAAUUACAGGAUUAACAUCUCAAAAAGGUACAGUACUUUUUUCACUCAACAAAAAAUGUAAUCAUUUUUUGCAUGUGUCACGUUAGAAUAUCAUU